GACGCCACGUCAGCAGCAUAUUGAGCGGCGCGGAUCGACUCACUUUCGAAUUUGCUAAGAAAUGAACUUGAUCAAGGUCCUUACGUACGCUGCGGGCGCGCUCGCGGCCUGCGCGGUCUCGUCGGUCGUCGCGGAAGAGCCCAAGGGCCCGGUGAUUGGCAUCGACUUGGGCACGACCUACUCGUGCGUCGGCCACUACGCCAACGGCAAGGUCGAGAUCAUCGCCAACGACCAGGGUAACCGCAUCACGCCCUCGUAUGUGGCAUGGGACUCGAACGACGAGCGCCUCAUUGGCGACGGCGCCAAGAACCAGGCGACGAUCAACCCGGAGAACACGCUCUUUGACGUCAAGCGCCUUAUCGGUCGCCAGUACAACGACAAGUCGGUGCAGGCGGACAAGAAGCUGCUGCCGUACGAGAUUGUCAACAAGGAGGGCCGCCCGUACAUCCAGGUGAUUGUCAAGGGCGAGACCAAGACGUUCUCGGCCGAAGAAGUCUCGGCCAUGAUUCUCACCAAGAUGAAGAACAUUGCUGAAAACUACCUCGGCAAGGAGGUCAACGACGCGGUCGUGACCGUGCCCGCGUACUUCAACGACGCCCAGCGCCAGGCCACGAAGGACGCCGGUACCAUUGCCGGCCUCACGGUCCAGCGUAUCAUCAACGAGCCGACGGCCGCCGCCAUUGCCUACGGUAUCGACAAAAAGAACGCCAAGGGCGAGAAGAAUGUGCUCGUCUUCGAUCUCGGCGGUGGUACCUUUGAUGUCACGCUCCUCACGAUCGACGGCGGCGUCUUUGAGGUGCUCUCGACCAACGGCGACACCCAUCUCGGCGGUGAAGAUUUCGAUCAGCGUGUCAUGCAGUUCUUCAUCAAGAAGUGGCAGAAGCAAAAGAAGAUUGACAUCAGCUCGGACAAGCGCGCGCUCCAGAAGCUCCGCCGCGAAGCCGAGCGUGUCAAGCGCGCCCUCUCGACGCAGCCCCAGGCGCGCCUCGAAAUUGAGUCGCUCCUCGACGGCGAGGACUUUGACGAGACGCUCACGCGUGCUCGCUUUGAAGAGCUCAACAACGACCUCUUCAAGAAGACGCUCGGCCCCGUCGAGAAGGUCAUGAAGGACGCCGGCCUCAAGAAGUCGGAGGUCGACGAGAUUGUGCUUGUCGGCGGCUCGACGCGCAUUCCCAAGAUCCAGCAGCUCAUCAAGGAUUUCUUCAACGGCAAGGAGCCCUCGCGCGGUAUCAACCCCGACGAGGCUGUCGCGUACGGUGCUGCCGUCCAGGGCGGUAUCCUCGCGGGCGUCAACGACGAGUCGACCAAGGACAUUUUGCUUCUCGAUGUGGCCCCGCUCUCGCUCGGUAUUGAGACGGUCGGCGGUGUCAUGACCAAGAUCAUCAACCGCAACACGGUGGUGCCCACGAAGAAGUCGCAGACGUUCUCGACGUACCAGGACAACCAACCCGCUGUGUCGAUCCAGGUCUACGAAGGCGAGCGCACGAUGACCAAGGACAACCACAUGCUCGGCAAGUUUGAGCUCACGGGCAUCCCGCCGGCGCCGCGUGGCGUGCCGCAGAUUGAAGUCACGUUCGAGGUCGACGCCAACGGCAUCCUCCAGGUCUCGGCCGAGGACAAGGGCACGGGCAAGGCUGAGAAGAUUACGAUCACGGCCGAGAAGGGCCGCCUCUCGCAGGAGGAGAUUGAUCGCAUGGUCCAGGAAGCCGAGGAGAACGCCGAGGAAGACAAGAAGAUCAAGGACCGCAUUGACGGCCGCAACUCGCUCGAAGGCUACCUCUACAACCUCAAGAACAACGUCGAGGACAAGCUCGCCGAUAAGAUUGACGACGACGACAAGGACACUGUCCUCAAGGCGGUCCAGGAGGCCAUGGACUGGCUCGACGAGAACCAGGAAGCCGACAAGGAGGACUUUGACGCGCAGCAGAAGGCGGUCGAGAAGGUGGUCAACCCCAUCAUGUCCAAGGUCUACCAGUCGACGGGCGGUGCCGGCGCCGGCGCGGACGACGACGACGAGGACGACCACGACGAGUUGUAAACUAAGCGUCGGUCGUUAGAGUGGUGUUGCCGCAUAUGCAAUGAAUACUUGGUAUUUACAUUUCCA